CCCUCUUCGACGUCAUAUCCCGUCCUGCCCCCAGCAGCUCAGCAUACAGCGUACAGGUGCUUCACUACACACAGCAGAAAAUGGUGCGCGGCAAGAAGAUCGGACUUGGUGAGUUCCUGGGUGACCAGGCGGCGUCUUACAUCCCGGAGGCGGCGCUUCCUUCGGGCCCGCGUGCUCGCGCUGACGACGAUGAUGGAAACUACCGUGGCGGCCGUGGCGGCGACCGCUUCGGCGGCGAUCGCUACGAGCGCGAGCCGUCGCGCAGCGAACAGUCAGACCAGUGGCGUGGAGACCGCGGUGGCCGUGGCGGUGGCUUCGGAGACCGCGGUGGCCGUGGCGGUGGCUUCGGAGACCGCGGUGGAGACCGAUUCGGCCGCGGAGACGACAGCGGCAACUGGCGUGGCGGCGGCGACCGCUUUGGCGGCCCUUCCCGGUACGACCGUCCGUCGCGCGACGAGUUCCAGGCUGAGGAGCGUCCGGCCCACAUGCGUCUGAACCUGGCGCGACGCGGCGAGGGCCCGAACUCCAGCGGCGACGUGCGUAACAGCAGCGGAGGCGACAAGUGGUCGAGCGCGUUCGGCGGCGGCAGCCGCUUCGGAGACCGUGGCAGCGACCGGUUCGGCCGUGACGACCGAUUCGAGGGCCGCGCGGGCGGCCGCUUCGGCCGUGGCGGAGACGAGGGUCUGUCGUCCGGUAUGUUGAACUUGCGCGUGAGCGGCCGACAGGAACAGACGCCGGCCGAGCCCGAGGUGUUGGACAAGAAGGCGCGUGCCCAGCAGAAGCGUGAGGAACGUAAGAAAAAAGCCGAGGAGGAGCGUCUGGCAGCUGAAGAGGCCAAGCGCGUGGCCGCUGAAGAGAAGAAGAAGGCCGAGGAGGCCGCGGCCAAGAAGGCGGAGGUCGACCGGGAGACGAUGAAAAAGGUGCUGGCCAGCGGCAAGAAGGGUGAGGAAUUGGCUGAGGUGGCCAAGGAAAUCUUCAAGAAGAACGGCCGACCCAGCGGCGCUGUGGUCUUCGAGGCCGUCACGGCCGCCGCUGAAGACGUGGCCAAGUCCAGCGCCAACUGGAUCGCCCUGCCUGCGUACGGUGAGCUGCUGAAAUUCGCCAUGGAAGACUCGGACAAGAAGGACCAGAUGGAGGCUCUGUACGCUCUGCAGGUCUUCUUGAACAAGUACGACUUCCCUAAGGGUCUGAUCGAGAAGUGCUUCAUGGCGCUCUACAGUUUGGACAUCAUUGACGAAACUGGUUUCUUCGAGUACAAGUACGACGUGGAUGGAGACGUGCCUGGGCGCAUGAAGGCUAUUAUCCAGACGUCCACGUGGCUCACGUGGCUUGAGACGCCUGAGGAGGAGAGCGACGAGGAGGACGACGAAUAGAUUUCAUGAACGUUUGUUUUGAGAAGGGUAACUUACGGCCAUCUGUCUGUUAAGAUACAACUUUGAAUGAAUAAGUGCAUCGACCAUACCAACAUCUGUCAUAAAAAUUUCUCACGAAUCGCGCGCUGUGACCGACGUCACCAUGUCUUGGAUCGUCGACAUGGGCGGUCGAUAAA